AUGGCAUCGUCUGUUUUCUACAAGUUCAAGUCUCAGAGGGAGGAGUCUAGGGUGUCCUUCGAUGGCACCGGAAUAUCUGUCUUUGACCUCAAGAAAGAGAUCAUAUUAGCGAACAACUUGAAUAAGGCCAACGACUUUGACCUUGUGGUCUGCGACAGUUCUUCAGGCGAAGGUGUGUGGUUUCGUUCAGUGUGCUGUCGUGUGGACGAUUUAAGGCGUGUAGAAUUCAAGGAUGAUUCUCAUAUUAUUCCCCGCUCCUCCUCGGUGCUGGUCAAGCGUGUAUUUGUACGCCCGGGAAAGGGUAAGGCUGCUAUGUACGUUGGCACCUCGGGUCCCAUGUCUGGUUCCGAUUCUUCCAAACCGGGCGGUGCAACAAGCGCCCCCUCCUCUUGGCAAAGAGGCGCAGGUAACAUAUCCAAACGCUUUGAUGGUAAAUUAGAGAAAGAUGCCCCGUCUAUCUUCCAAUCCACCCCGCCUGUGUCGGCCAAGUCGGCGGUGACUGAGGGCGAUGAGGCGGCUGCCAUGGCUGCCAUGUUCCAAGCCCAGACCGCUAACUGGGAGGAGACCCAAGAAAAGAUGUCUCAGUUGGUGUCGCGCUUACGCGGUUUCCCUGUCUAUGUAGUACAAUUGCUGUUCGUAUUCACAGCAAUACUCGUGGUGGCGCCUCGCAAAGCCGAGGUGGUAGGCCCUUUCAACAUCAUCAGUCAGAGCGUCCGUUACCCCCAAGUUAUGUUUGUUACCGUUGCGGACAAAAAGGUCUGCGUCUCCUCCGGUGUGCGUCUAAUGAAUUUCUCACUAUUCCAAGGUCACUGGAUUCAAGACUGCCCUACCAACAAUGAUCGCGAAUACGACAAUCGCCCGCGAAUCAAACGAACGACUGGUAUCCCACGAAGUUUCCUGAAGGCAGUCGAAUCGCCUAAUGGACAGUUGGGACAGGGUGUGAUGGUAACGCCAGAAGGCGGCUAUGUAGUGGUUCAACCUGACGUUGCUUCUUGGCAGAAGCAGGUUACUAAGAACAAGGGACUGACGGAGGCCGAUGUCCGCGAACGGACGCCUACAGAUUCAUCUCUUGCAUGUCCGAUAGAUAACAAAAUCUUUCGCGAUGCAGUCAAAACACCGUGCUGUGGCACACUGUAUUGUGAGGAAUGUGUUCAGACCCAUCUCCUCGAGCGCGAUUUCGCCUGCCCUAAAUGCGGUGCCCGAAUUGCAUCGCUUGAUAAACUCAUCGUUGAUAAGCCCAUGCGGACAAAAGUUGGGGAUUUUAUCGACAAAGAGAUGGAAAGGAGUCGCCUUGCAGCGACGGAGGAUGAGUUAAAGAUGAAUGGUGCUCCCGAACUAAGCACCGCAAUUAAGCAAAAACAACCCCAAAAUUCAAAUUCUAAUGAGCUUGCUGCUUUUGAUCAAGACUAUUAUUCUGAGCAGCAGCCAAGUGGCGAUUUAGAUAUGUCGCAGAUCUUUGCUGAGACGAUCCCUCAAUUGCAGGCGCAGAUAUCGCAGAUUCAAGUCAUGCUCAACAACCCUUCACUUCCUCCUGCAGCGCGACAGCAGACGCACAUGAAGUACGAGCAAUUACAGAUGCAAUUGCAGCAAGCGCAGGUUGCCGCUGCGAUGGCAGCGACCCUGCAGUCCGCCGCGGCUUCGGGAAGCGCUAUGCCUUUCAACAAUAUGCAAGGCUACCAACAAGAUUUCCGCUCAGCAUGGACAAAUCCCUUCCCGAACCAACAACCCGCCGGUCAGGAGUCAGCGUAUCAACGACUACCACUCAAUAAUCGGCGCCGGAAUCUAAAGCGGGACCGUCCGUCAGACUUCCUGGAGAUCGGAGGCAAUGAACACGAUGCGAAGAUGCCGAGAUACUGGGAGUGA